AGAAAUGGAGCAAAGUUGUCCCACAGACACAGCAACCUGAAAAAAGCAGGUUGUAACAGUCGCUUCCAGUUUCCGGCGUCGUAGUUUGUGUAAACUUCGGCCUUCUUCUUCGCCGGUAAAACUGUACGGUUAUAAAGCCAGCUUACGGCUUCACAAUCUGCGUCAGUCAUAUGUAAGCUACGAGCCUCGUACAGGGAAAUAUAAGUACAACAACUUGUAUAAAAAAAUUAUACCAACCGCGUGUUACUACAUCAGUGCCUUAUCGAAUGAAAAUGAAGAUCGUUGGGGCAAAGAUUGGUUUGGUUCUCCUAGUACUGAUGCUGUCUCCUUACUACACAAAUGCUCGGAAAGGUGGUCGAAGACCGAGGAAACAUUGUCGAGAUUCUUUGGACGGAUGUGGAAGAUCCAGGCGUCCGAAACCGACAAUUCCGCUACCGAGUAUAAGUAGCUCGUCUGACAAUCCCGAAUCUUCAAGACCCAUAGCAUGCGCUCCUUGCUCACGAAUGUCCUGCCUACAUGAACCUGGGACCCUCAGAUGCGACGGUGGCGUUGUGACCGGAUUCUGCGGCUGUUGUCAAUACUGCGCAAAGCUGGAGGGCGAAAGUUGUGGCGGGAGGAACUUGUACUUGGGAAAAUGCGGUGCUGGCCUAACUUGUAAUAGGUCGGGUGCAUCGCCCACCCGGCGAUCAGUACACGAUGUCUUUGACAUUGAUAGGUCCAGGUCAUCGUCACCAGAAUCGCUCGAAUUAAGAGGAACAUGUCGCAGAGGCGAUCAAAUUGCCCAGCCAACGCCAGACCCGACGUCAUCAUGCAGACCAGAAUGUUCAGCGGAGUAUUGUUUUUCCCAACCUAAUGCAAUUUGCUCUGCCAGAAACAACGCAGUAAUGCAGCAUCCUUGUCAAGGCGUUUGUCAACACACUUCAUGCAAAGCUUGUUUUAUAACUCCCACCCCGAAGUGCAACAAGUGUAAAGUGAAUGACUUCAAAUGUAUGCGUUCAUUUGGUAGGUGCGUGAAAUCAAAAUCCACUUGCAAGAAAAAGAAGUAUCCGUGCAAGAAACGAAAGACAUGGCGAGCUGAUGAAUCUUUUAAAUGCUGGGUAGCAGAAUGUUAACAAGAAGAUAGAUUUGCACUGUGAUGGGAAACACCUACUAAGUAGUUAUGAACUACAUCCACAUGUAUUUACCCAUUGCUAAGUUUAUGACAAAGUAGCAUAUAUGCUACGUCCCAUGUAGAAAAAUCACUGCACGCUUUUGUUCAUGUUUUGUGCCCGACCGCUAUUUAUGCAUCGCCAUUUCUACCGAGUGUCUUCACUGCCCUUUCUAUCUUCCGCAUCGUGUGAAUAUACGUAAAACAACGCUGUAGAGAAGCUUUAUGUACGCUGGGGUAAAAUGUUACCUAGAUGUGCGCUAAUACAGUUCCGAACCUACUGAAA